GAGGAGAGUCCACUUCCCUCAAUCUAAACCAGCUUUGGAAGAGAUUUAGGAGUGGCGACAAACCUCCAGAAAAGUUGGGAGCAAGCAGAGAAUAUAAUGUUGAUAUGAUCCCCAAGUUUGAUCUGUGCAAGUUUCCUGAGGGUUGUAUUCAACAAUUGCAAUGUUGCAUAAUGCUAGAAACUCGGUGACUAGGAAAGAACAAUGGGACCCCUGUUGGAGAUGUGGAAGCGACAUUUCAAUCUCUCUUGAUUAAAGUCAUUCAAAUCAGCAAGAAAAGUGGGAGUGGAAUUGUAGCCUGAAUCUUUAUAUUCUCCUCUGCAAGUAGCUUCGAAUACGAAAAAUGAUACAAAUUUGAUAAUAAUCAUGUUAAGUUAAUUGUAACUUUGGCUCUUAAUUACCCUUUCUUAUAGCAACCAAAUUUUUCAUUAGUACUGUUAUUGGAGUAAAAUAUUCCAUGCAUUUUCACAAGUUUAGGCUUUGAUUCAUACGCAUGAAUAUUGAUUCUUCACAUAAUCAUGAACGCCUUAAAUUACUUGCAUUGAAUUAGGGAAGGACAUUUUUCUGAUGAAGAUAUCCCGUAAGGAUAGCAUUGGAUUGCGACCUCGCUGUUCAUUUUGCUACCACCAUUCAACAAUUUUUUAGUGUUUUCUUUAGUUACAACCUUGGCUUUCCAUGCUACUAAAAUGAUAAUGACUAUUCCAUGCGCUCACAGUUCAUGAUGGCUAAUGGUGCCUUGGUUCGCAUUCUUAUCCACACCAAUGUUACUAAAUAUCUGAAUUUCAAGGCCGUGGAUGGCAGUUUCGUGUACAACAAGGGAAAGGUACACAAAGUACCAGCUAACGAUGUGGAAGCAUUAAAAUCCCCGCUUAUGGGAUUGUUUGAGAAGCGUCGUGCUAGAAAGUUUUUCAUUUAUGUUCAAGACUAUGAUGAGAAGGAUCCCAAGUCUCAUGAAGGGCUGGACCUCAACAAGGUUAAAGCUAGAGAUGUGAUAUCGAAAUAUGGGCUGGAUGAUAAUACAGUUGACUUCAUAGGGCAUGCAUUGGCACUUUACUUGGAUGAAAAUUACUUGGAUGAACCUGCUCUGGAUUUUGUGAAGAGGAUGAAGCUAUAUGCAGAAUCUUUAGCACGCUUUCAAGGAGGAUCUCCCUACAUUUAUCCACUCUAUGGACUAGGAGAGCUACCUCAGGCAUUUGCUCGAUUGAGUGCUGUUUAUGGUGGCACCUACAUGCUUUGCAAGCCAGAAUGCAAGGUAGAGUUUGAUGCAGAUGGAAAGGCCUUUGGAGUGACAUCGGAGGGAGAAACUGCAAAAUGCAAAAAAGUAGUCUGUGAUCCUUCAUAUUUGCCUAACAAGGUUACAAAGAUUGGGAAAGUAGCUCGUGCUAUAUGCAUUAUGAGUCAUCCAAUCCCAAAUACCCAUGAUUCUCACUCGGUCCAGGUUAUUCUUCCCCAGAAACAACUCAAGAGAAAAUCAGAUAUGUACCUAUUCUGCUGCUCCUAUAGUCACAAUGUAGCUCCAAAAGGCAAAUACAUUGCUUUUGUUACAACAGAAGCAGAGACUGAUGAUCCUCAAACAGAAUUGAAGCCUGGCAUUGAUCUCCUUGGACCUGUAGACGAAAUCUUUUUCGACACUUAUGACAGAUACAAACCCACUAACCAGUAUGAGGUUGACAACUGUUUCAUAUCCACAAGUUAUGAUGCAACCACUCAUUUUGAGACCACAGUACAAGAUGUGAUUCAAAUGUACAGCAAGAUAACCGGAAAGACACUUGACCUGUCAGUGGAUCUGAGUGCUGCCAGUGCAACCCCUGAAGAAUGAAAUUUUGGAGAUCGCAGAAGCUGGAUGGGGCUUUAAGACCUGCGUUGCAUUUUUUUUUCUUUUUUUAAUAUUAUUUUCCCUGAAGGCUUUAAAAUUUUUUAACAGAUCGUAUAAUUUAGUUCUUUUGGCUCAAUGUGUGGUGCCAAGUUUUGUUCUUUAUUGCUAUAGAAUUUUCUUCAGCUUUUCGAUAUAUUUUGGACAGAAGCUUUGAUAAGCACUUCUCUUUUUUCCCCCACAGGAAGUGCUAGGUUUGGCAAAUUUCUCGGGUUAAUUUCGUCAAUUGAACUUGAACUUGAACUUUGAUCUUUAUAAUUACAGUAUUUUCAAAUUUCAAUUUAUGUUUUAAAACUCCUCUAGGAUCUGGCCUACAAUAAAACCAGUCUCAGCUGUUAUUAAUGGUUUUUAGGCUAAGGUGAUGGACACACUCAAGCUGACACCUAAAGUAAAAGUUUUAGAAAAAGAUCUCUCCACUUUUCGACAGUUGUAGAGAAAGCUUUGUUUUU